AUGUGGGGCGCCGGUCUUAACAAUCUUAGCCCCAUCGUCAACGACAUCCGUCAAGGCUGUAACACCGCCAACACCCGGUCCACUUGGUGUGACUUCUCUGCGGAUACCGACUAUACUGUCACUGCACCUGAUACUGGCGUUACUCGCGAAUACUGGUUCGAAAUCACCGAAACUACUGCCGCACCUGACGGCGUAGAAAGAUAUGUGCAGGUUAUCAACGGCACUAUUCCUGGUCCUACAAUUAUUGCUGACUGGGGCGAUACUGUGGUAGUUCACGUCACUAAUUCGCUUGCCAUUUCUACUAAUGGCACCAGCAUACACUUCCACGGAAUUCGCCAAAACUAUACUAACCAGAAUGAUGGUGUCUCGUCUAUCACCCAGUGCCCAACACCACCGGGGUCGUCUAUAACUUACACAUGGAAGGCCGCACAGUACGGGUCAGGCUGGUACCACUCUCAUUUUGGCUUGCAAGCCUAUCAAGGAGUAUUUGGUGGAAUCGUGGUAAAUGGCCCGGCAACUGCCAACUAUGACGAAGACCUCGGCCAUAUUUUCCUGAACGACUGGAGCCACGAAACAGUUGACCAGUUGUUCCAAACCGCCCAGACCCGUGGUCCACCCACUCUCGAUAAUGGCCUCAUCAACGGCACGAAUGUAUAUGGGGAGGAUGGUGACGAUAGCCAGGUUGGCCAGCGUUUUGGAAUGACCGUCACAGAAAACACCUCCUACCGAUUAAGGAUCGUUAACUCCGGCGUGGAUACUCACUUCAAGUUUAUGAUUGAUAAUCACACAUUAACUGUGAUUUCAAUGGACUUUGUGCCGAUUGAGCCAUUUACGACGGACGUAUUAAGUAUUGGAAUGGGUCAGAGAUACGACGUACUUAUCACCGCAGACCAAUCUGCGGUCGCUGAUAGCUUUUGGAUUAGGGCUAUUCCACAGUCCGCCUGCAGUGAGAAUGACAGCCAGGAUAAUAUCAGAGGAAUCCUAUCCUACGGGGCCUCGUCGACGACACCGUCGACCUCGAGGCCGGAUAGCUACUUUGAGGGUUGUGAAGACAUGGACGCUACCAGCCUUGUUCCCCAUGUCGUCAAGUCUGCGGGCACACUAGCCAAUAAGGGUGUGGAGGAGGCAACCGUAGGGUUCAAUGAAGACAGGCACUUCCGCUGGUUCUUGAACUCAACUACUAUGCUAGUUGAGUGGGCCGAUCCGACGCUCCUUAGCAUUUUCGAAGGCGAAACGUCUUGGGACACCUCCGAUGCCGUUAUCGAGCUCCCUAAUGCUGACGAGUGGGUAUUGAUUGUGAUAGAGACUGCUUUAUCGAUCCCACACCCUAUACAUCUCCACGGCCACGACUUUCUUGUGCUUGCCCAGGGAGCAGGAACCUACAGCAGCUCUGUAACGUUGAACACAGAAAAUCCGCCUCGCAGAGACACUGCUAUGCUCCCAGCGUCCGGAUACCUUGCUAUUGCCUUUCAGACGGACAAUCCAGGAGCUUGGCUCAUGCAUUGCCACAUUGGCUGGCACACGAGCGAGGGCUUUUCUCUCCAAUUUAUUGAAAGAUACGAUGAGAUUGUGGAGUUGAUUGACUCGGACGAGUUAACAAACACCUGCGAAGCAUGGUCUACUCAUGUAGAAGUAUUCGAGGUUGAGCAGGAAGACUCUGGCUUAUAG